UGAGGCAUGCAACUGGGUAGCCCUCAGAAAAUAAAUUUAGGAUCCCCGCAAUCGCGUUCUCCAAUGAUUUGAAAUUUACUGCAUUUGUAUUUAACAGCUUCUGUAUCUUGAGCUUGUCAUGACAUAUCAAUGUGUUUUCAUUAGAGCAAUGUAGAGUCUUGAGUGGGGUGUGUUAGGCCUUUGCUUGACAGUCAGACGUAACUAGCCGAUCGAUGAAAACACCAAGCUCAGUUAGCUAGGUUAACUAGACAGUGGGUAGCUAAUGCACGAUGGAGUUACUACGAAAGGCAGCGGUUGUGUUCCAUAAAAUCAACUGAAACUGGACACAAUUAUCGUUAUACUUAUAGUACUUGACGACGAAGGAGAUCAGCGCGAUAUGCAGCAAUGAAGCGGGUUCGAACUGAGCAGAUCCAGUACACCGUGGCUCAGUACCUGAAGCGUAGGCAGUAUGUGGACACUGAGGGUGCCCUGAAGGGGGCGAAACUGUCCCAAUCUGCUGAAGAGAUGGCUGCCAACCUGACAGUACAGACAGAGUCAGGAUGUGCCAACAUUGUGUCUGCCGCCCCUUGUCAGUCGGACCCCCAACAGUACGAGGCUCAGUUCUCUAGACUACGGAACUUUCUCUCAGAAGCAGAGGUAUCUUGGGGUAAGGAGGUGAGCUGCGUCCUCUACCCGCUCUUUGUCUACCUCCACCUGGACAUGGUGCGCUGCGGCCUGAAGGGGACGGUGGACGGCUUCUACAGCCGCUUCCACGGCAUGUUCCUCCAGGACGCCGAGCAGCGCGCCACCGUCGAGCAGCUGCGCCACGUGCUCACCUCGCAGGACGUGUCGGCCAACCCCAAGCUCUGCGCCUUCCUCGACCACAAGUACGUGGUGCACCUGACGGAGCCGGCCUACAGCUACCUGUUGCGCUACCUGCAGAGCGAGGACAACAGCGCCCUCUGCAGGGCUCUGAGCACUCACCUGCAGGUGGAGGUCACUACCUCGCCGCGCACAGACUACCAGCUCUACGGGACGGGCGGCGGGGCCGCCACGGCCCCCAACUCCACCUCGUCCUGGGCGGGCGUGGACGGGGCGGAGGGAGGGGAGGGCGUGGAGGUGCCCGCAGGGGUCCCUCAGAGCGAAGCGGCUCUGGAGGCGCUGCAGGACUGCAUUAAGAAGGUGCGCGAGGGGCCCCCGUCGCUCACCACCGUGUGCUUCUACGCCUUCCACCACACGGAGCAGCUGCUGAACGCGGCGGAGGUUUCGGCCGACAGCAGGCUGCUGGCCGGCGGCUUCGACACCUCGGCCGUCAAGCUGUGGAGCCUGAGGGCCCGGAAGCUGAAGGCCAAGCCGCACCGGGUGGACGUGUCGCACGUCCGUCUGGCCUGCGACAUGCUGGAGGAGGAGGCGGAUGAGGAGGACGGCUCGGGAAGCGAGAUCAAGACCCUGCGCGGCCACAGCGGCCCCGUGUUCCGCACAGCCUUCCUCACGGACAGCUCGGGCCUGCUGACCUGCUCCGAGGACACGUCCAUUCGCUACUGGGACCUCGGCAGCUUCACCAACACGGUGCUCUACCAGGGCCACGCCUACCCCGUGUGGGACCUGGACGUCAGCCCCUGCAGCCUGUACUUCGCCAGCGGCUCCCACGACCGGACGGCGCGCCUCUGGACCUUCUCGCGCACCUACCCCCUGCGGCUGUACGCCGGCCACUUGGCCGACGUGGACUGCGUCAAGUUCCACCCCAACUCCAACUACCUGGCCACGGGCUCCACCGACAAGACCGUCCGCCUGUGGAGCACCCAGCAGGGGGCGUCGGUGCGCCUCUUCACCGGCCACCGCGGCCCGGUGUUGGCGCUGGCGUUCUCUCCCAACGGGAAGUACCUGGCGUCGGCCGGCGAGGACCAGAGGGUGAAGCUGUGGGAUUUGGCCUCGGGGGCCCUGUACAAGGACCUGCGGGGGCACUCGGACAGCGUGACCAGCCUGUCCUUUAGUCCCGACAGCAGCCUGGUGGCGUCGUCCUCCACGGACAACUCGGUCAGGGUGUGGGACAUCCGUAACUCGCACGGCGGGGGGGUGCCGUCCGACGGCUCGUCCGGCGAGAUGGUGGGGCUCUACACGGGCCACACCAGCAACGUGCUCAACGUCCAGUUCAUGGCCUGCAAUCUCCUCAUGGUGACUGGGACCGCGCAGGAGAAACAGGAACCGUAGCGCCGUCUGUGGGGUUUUGUUAUGAGAUUCUUAUGAGUCCUUCUGCUGGGUUUGUUUGAUGUUUACGAAGGGGGACUGUGAUGUUUUGGCUGAGUUUGCUUCAUACACGGUCACCAUGGAGAUGUUGUGUCUAGUGCCACCAAACAAUGAGCUAUGGCACAGGUGUAACAAUGUCACUGAAAUAAUAAGCUUAUUAUUUUGUGUAAAACAACAAUGACAUUUUGUGAAAUUCCAUUUAAAAAGAUAAUCAUACAUCUCCUUUGUGGUCUUCCCAGAGCCAACUUGAUAAGAGAUCAGUUCAAGGUCAAAAGGUCUUACCAAAUAAUGUGCCGGUCACCAGUCUGUUAGAAAUGUAUUGUUCUAAUGCUUUUGACAUGAAAUGGCUUUUCAGAUAAUCUUUUUCUUAAUGUAGCCGAACGAUCAUCUUGUGUAACUCCAACAUUGUUUGUUAGAUUGAAGUUCAUGCAGUACAAAACAAUAUGCUAUUUCCUCUCAUGAUCAAAACUAUGUUCUGUUCAGUUGUUUUGAAAAUUCAUAACUUUCUAAUUUCCCCGGGAGUUAUUUUUCAUUUAAGUUUGUCGUGGAAGCGUUCAUUGUAGAAUUUGCGAUGAUCAGAGCCAUGAAUGAUAACUUAAUGCAUUCAGUGCCUUGAUGGUCAACAACAGUUCACACCACAGGCACAAGCUUGAUUAAAAGAAAAUGCUUAGAAUGUAAGGGGUUACUAAAUCACCCCGAAUCCUUGGAUUUUUCAAAGAAAAUCUGUGGUUGUAAAUAAACUUCUGUAAGUGAACCGUGGUAUGCAAAUAUUGUCCAUUAUUAACAUUUGUUAAUAACGGUGGAACAACGGUGGAACAAAGUUAGGUGGUUGGCACUAAUUAGCAUGGCUUGUCAAAGCAUACAACAUCGUUCUUUCAUACUAUUCAACGAGUGGCAUUUUUGUAUAUAUUAAUUGUAAAUAUAUAUUUUGGAAUAUCGGACUACUUUUGUAAUAGCUGAGUACUGGUUUUGUUUGUUUUACAUCCUGGUGCAGAGGAUGAUGCACGUUUCUUGUUCUCUAGACAUUUCCUGAUUGAUAAAGGUGCAAAAGAAAUUCUGAUCCCUUUCUUUGCAAAAAACAUUUGUCUGUUUAUAGAUUGGUAUUAAAAGUUGUUAUUUAAA